CAAACCUCCCCGCAGCUUCGAUCCGAAUCCGCCAUGCGGACAUUGCAGAGGCGGCUCUCGCAGCUCGUGCUCCGCCGCCUCCUGUCGCCGCCGCCGCCGCCCGCCGCCCGCCGGCCCGCACCGGUGGCGGCGGAGGCCGUCUCCGGCGGAGGAGCGACAGCCCUACUUCGCCGCGGGGGUGGCUCCGGGGUGGCGGCGGGCGGCUGGAGUGGCGGCGGCUCGGGGCUUCGGUUGGCUCGGAGGCUCUGCACCUACGACGAGAGAGAUGACAGGGCACUUGAGGAGGAAGCUGAGAAGAAAUUUGGAUGGAUAUUGAAGAUAUUCUUUAUAGGAACUGCUGGUCUUGUUGGUUACCAAUUCUUUCCUUACAUGGGGGAUAACCUGCUUCAGCAGUCCAUCUCACUUUUGCGUGUCAAAGAUCCCUUGUUCAAGCGAAUGGGAGCUUCCCGAUUAGCUCGUUUUGCAGUUGAUGAUGCAAGGAGAAUGAAGGUAGUGGAGAUGGGGGGAGCUCAAGAACUUCUUAAUGUAUUGGAAGGUGCUAAAGAUGAUAAAACACGUAAACAAAUCCUAAAAGCUCUUCAUGCACUUUCGAAGUCUGAGGAAGCAGCAGGGUUUUUGGACAAGGCGGGCGCCUACGUAAUAGUCAGUUCCACUCCCAACUCCCUCGAGUAUGCUGAGAUCGAGACCUACAAGACUAGCCUCCUGAAGGCGUUUGAUGAACUGAAGUCGUGACGAUAAAUGGCUGGGAGUGGUGAAUCGAUCUACAUGUUUGUUUUAAACUGGACGUAUCCGAGCAUUCUUUGUUGAUCAGACCUUCGGUCUUGUUGCUGGAAUCAUGUCUACAUACAUUUGUUCUGAACAGGCAGCACCUUUAGAGAGUUGUUAUUUUGUCUAAACGAAUCUUCUUCCUUUUUUCUAGAGGAAAAACAUUGGAUUGGCUUUAUCUGUAUAAUGAUCGUGUAGGCACUGUAUGCUUCCAUAAUAAUUGUUGUUUUGGACAAGGA